UCGGAACUGAUUUUACUUGCCUCAAAUCACUUUGUCCGGCACUACUCAAUUUUAAAUUUAGUUGGUUCCUCUGCUUCUGAUUAUGGCUCCUACCAUCAUGUCCAACAGCCUACCAAGAUGACGUCAUCUACAGUAUCCAGUGGGACUCACAGCUCAGGAAGUCAGCUGUCGAGUCCACCUAGCACUAAUAAGGUAAUCACAACUUACCCAACAUCUGGCCGAGUCUCCGCUCUCCACGUUACUCCUUCACCCAGUGACUCCGGCAUAGUUGAUUAUGAGACCCUAAUUCGAGACAAAGAAAACGAGCUUAGGGUGGUAAGGAACACAAUGGAGCAGAAUGAAGAGAUCAUAGUGAAAGUAUACCAGGAAAAAGAACGAGCAUGGAAAGAAGAACUGGAACAUCUACGUUCACGUCUAAGUGCAUCCGAAAAAGGUGAAAAUGCACUUCGAGCACAAUUGGCCGGUUGCCAAAAACAGACGGACACUAUGAGUAGGACAAUUGAUGGUCUUCGGGAUGAGAAGACAGGCCUGCUCAGAAAGGUUGGUGCUUGGAACUUGGAAGGGUUACUCAGUAAUGUGGAUUCUUCUGAUGUGUCUUUGCGCAGUGAGGUUGCAAGUUUGCGCGAUGAAGUCGCAACACUCAAGGAAGCGCUCACAGCUCAAAUGCAAGUAUUCACCGAUGAGAGGAAAAAAUGGGAGCGUGAGGUUAGAGUUUUGCCAUCUGUUGCUUCGUAG